GUUCAAUGUUGUGGUUGUGUCAAAAUUCAGGAAAAUGAAAUAAAAAUCUCACAAUUAAUUAUGUAAUUUUAGAAAUAUGUUUAAAAUCACUCAGGAAAUAGUUUGCUUGUUUUAACCAUUAUACUUGACAACAAUAUCAUUGAUGCUGUUUGGAUCUACUGAACUUUAUUGCCAAUAUGGAGGAUUAUAAAUUUUUAUUCAAAGUAGUUCUGGUUGGAAAUGCUGGAGUUGGGAAGACUUGUCUAGUUCGCAGAUUUACACAAGGGCUGUUUCCUCCAGGCCAAGGGGCUACCAUUGGUGUUGAUUUCAUGAUUAAAACAGUUGAAAUCGAUAACGAAAAAGUGAAGCUGCAGAUCUGGGAUACGGCUGGUCAGGAGAGGUUUCGCUCCAUCACACAGAGCUACUACAGGUCUGCACACGCUCUGAUCCUGGUGUAUGACAUCAGCUGUCAGCCGACGUUCGACUGUCUGCCAGACUGGCUGCGGGAGAUAGAGGAGUACGCCAGUAGCAAGGUGCUCAGGGUGCUAGUUGGUAACAAAAUUGACAGAGAAGACAGGGAGAUUCCCACUCAUGUAGGUGAGGACUUUGCCCAGAGACACAAUAUGUAUUACCUGGAAACUUCAGCUAAAGAGGCGGACAAUGUGGAGAGACUCUUUCUGCAGAUAGCUGCUGAGCUCAUGGAGCAAGCUCGAUGUAAAGAACUGCCCAGGUAUGAUCAGACAAAUCCUACAAUCAAUGGACGGACAACUUCUAUAGGUGAUUCUUGCUGCUCAAGACUCUCCUAAGCUCAACUUCCUCGUCUGUUUCCUUGGUUGUGGCCUAAAACAUUACACAUCUCUGCUGGUGUAGUUGGUACUUGUCCUGGAAAACACCUGUAUUAAAAUGAAUACAGGUUCAAUCGUGGUGAAAAUCCUUUGUACCUUUGUAAGUUGGGUUUGUCGCACGCAUUAUGAUGUUUAUCAAUUUUAAGCAAAAUAACAAUGGUUUUAGACUGACAUAAUAAGUAUAAAAUUCCCCCUGCAUUUAAUAGUUAAUUUAAACAAGACCAAAUAAACAAUUUAGAAUAAUAGAGUAAAUAGUCAUUAGCAGAUUCGAGAAUUGCUUUCCCUGAACUUUGUAUAACAUCACAUUUUAAUCAGGUAUUUGAGACACUGGUUUAGUACUUAUUUAGUUGUAGUAUUAAUUAACAAUUACAGAAACAUUUGUCAAUAAGAAGAUUCGAUAAGAAAUAUGAUGAAUGUUUUAGUAAAGAAAUGUUAUUUUUAGUAAUUUUAUUAUUUAUUUAUGUUACAGAUUAUUUUAAUAUUCAGGUAUAAUUAGAUAUAAUUCCUGCUUCUAGUUAACUUACAUCUCCAAAUCUUCUCCAACUAACACAACCUGAAAGUAUUUUAAUUAGACAUGUUUGUUUAUAGAGCACAUUAUAAUGAAGUAGAUCCUGGAUUAUAUCUUAGUUUUAUCCUCCUUUAAGUUUGAACGGUAUCAAAGUAAUACAUUUUUGAUCUUUCAUGCAUUCAAGUGAAUAGUUAUGUGCUUUGUAAAGGUAAGCAUGACAAUUUUUUCUCUAAGACAAGAUAAGUCUUACAAUUUGACUCAUGUUAACUAAUGUUAUUGUAACAACAUUGUCAAUUUUCUAGUAUAAUCUGUUCAUUCGGAGGAUUGAAUGUCAAGAUGUUGACACUUUCUCUUUACAAUGUUGAAUGGUUGUACAGAAUAGUGUACAUUUCCUGUGAUAUAGCUUAUUGUUGUUACCCUGUAUGUUAAGGCAUUUGUACUUACCUGUAAAUAGGAGCACUGAUUGGGUGUUUGUUUUAAACUAAAUAUAUUUAAAUAUCUAAGCUAUUUUAAAAUAAUUUUGAUUUAUUUUUUGUGGUAAUUUCUGUGGUUAUUAUGUUAGCAUAAUUUGUUUUAUUAUUACUAUCUUACAUGUAAUGUGGUGGGGUUUUAACUCAUUGUGAAUUCGUUUUUGAAUUAAGUAAAAAACAGUAUUAUAAAAAUUCCAUGUCAUUAAAAUGAAUUGUUAUAUAAGUUAUUUUACUUGUGUUAAUUGUUAUAAUUGUUUUUAACUUAUGUGACUUUGUUACUUAAUUUUACUUUUAUGGCUAACCUAAACUGGCCUAUUUAAAUUAAAAUCAUUUGUAAAAUAUUUCUCACUUGUCUUUUUCUUUGUACUCGUACAUUGUUUAAACAUUUAAGAAGGGUAUAACAAUUUGAAAAAAUUAUAUUUUGUUGUAUAAAUGAGAACCAUUCUUUUUAGACACAGCAUUACCUAAUAAGGAAUGUAUUCCGAGAUUGAGCUGGUCUUAGCCGUAGAGCGCAGGAUUUCAGUCCUUGAGGUCCUAGGUUCAAAUCUCACCCAAUCACUAAUGAAUUUUAGUAAUAAUGCUGUAGCCCCUAGGGCUAUCCUGAAGUAUUGUGAAAAACGAUCCCGUACUAGGGCCUAGCGUCCUAGGAGAAAAAUUUUAUAAAAAUGUCUGUCAUAAUAGUUUUUAUGAGAAUUAACUCAAUCCAUUAAUCUACUUAAACCACUUUGUUGAUCAGAGCUGUUUUUAUCUGCUCAAGAGUAUCAGGACCCUUGUUAGCUAAAGGUUCCACAUAUUUUGGUUGUAACUGCUGAAAAUUAGAUUUUCUUUUUUACAAACUCAAUUUACAGUUUGCUGUUUCUCCCAAUUUGAAUAUUCCGUAAGCAUUUUAAGACAUUCUUCUGACACUAUCAGUUAUCGUACUAAUAUUACAAUGAUAAAUAAAGUGCAAUGUGCAAAACUGGAGCCAUCAAAUAAGCUUCUUAAUAAAAAAUUAAUAAAAUGGUUACGAUUAUGUUUAAAAUCUAAUAUAUAUAAAAUUCUCGUGUCACAGUGUUUGUCUGCAAACUCCUCCGGAACGACUUCACCGAUCGUUAUGAAAUUUGGUGUGUAAAUUCUGUAGGCAUGCGAAUCGGACGUAAACUAUUUCCCGUUUCGAAAUUCUUAAAAGGGCUCCGCCCCAGUGGCUCUGGAGUUUCCCAUGUUAACCUUAUGAGAAAUGGAAUUAAUGAAUCUUAACAGCUGUUUCAAUGGUUCUGUUCUAUGAUGUUCAAUAGCAUUAAAGUUACAAGGAUUACCAACAGGGUGCAGCACUAUUAUUUCUUUUACAUUUAUGACAACAGCUAAUUUGCAACCAAAAGGUGAGUGAGCGUAGCGAACGAACUUCAACCUGGAGGCGAGUGAGCGUAGCGAACGAGCUAACCUGUAGGCAAGUGAGCGCAGCGAACGAGCUCCAACCUAAAGGUGAGUGAGCGUAGCGAACGAGCUCCAACCCAAAGGUGAGUGAGCGUAGCGAACGAACUUCAACCAGGACGUGAUUGAGCGAUGCGAACGAGAUCAUCUUGAAAAUUAAACGUAACGGUACUUUCUUUCCAUCGGUCUGUCUUAGGGGAAACCUAUAACUUAGGCGAUACGAAGUUCGCCGGGUCAGCUAGUGUAUUUAUAAAUCUCAAAAAAGUUUGAUUCUUAAAUGGUGUUGCCCUCAGCCGAUCCACUCAACACAAACUUUACUGUUUUAACUCUCUGUGUUUAAAUUUAGAAAGUUUUGCUCAUAAUAAGUUUGGUAAAACUGCCAACACUUUUUUUGUAUUGUAUAUUAUACUCCAUUCAUAGAAUUUAGGCGUUUCUAGAGGAAGAUAUCUAUCCCCUCCACGUCUUGAUCCCAGUAAACAUAGCUCAACAGCUGAGAUUUGUCAAAACGUUAAUUAGUUGCAAAAUUCAUUAAGGAGAAAAAAGUGUGGGGAAACUUCCCCUCAAACCGCCUAAAUAUUGUGAACGGAGUAUAGUACCUAUUCUAAUAAGACUAAAAGACUUAUUUUGUAUUAUUUGUGUAAUGUAGUAUUACAACAUUUUGAACUUAAACUUAUUUUAUUGGUGGGGUUCAAUAAUUUUACAACUUUUUGUUGUGCAUUCAUGAUUUACUUUAAUUUUAUCAGUUUAAGAAACAUAAUAAAAGAAUAAUGCAUUGUUAAUUUAAUAAAAUAAACAUUAUA